GAGAUUGUGUAUUUUUCAGGUACAUCAUGUGAUUGUCUUCCAGGAUUCAAGAAAGUUUUUGAUAAAGGUGGAACAUCUAUUAUAUGUGAAAAAUGUCCAGAAACUAUGAGUGGAGUUACUCAAGAUGGAUGGGACUGCAUUACUUGUCCCAGUGGCUUAACUACAGAAGGAAAAUGUAUAUGCGCUAAUAAUGAGAUUUUAGUGGAAAGAAACAUUAAUGGUUCACUACUGAAAGCGGCAUUAUGUGUUCAGUGUGAUGGAAAGGAACAGUCGUUUUCAAUUGCGAAUGCAUUAAAUAACAUGUGCAAAAGAUGUGAACCAACGUUCAUCAGCGUUAACAAAUCCUGUAGCUGUUCUGAGCCAAAUAUUUUAACAGGAAGUUUAUGUUUUACAAGCACUGGAAAUUUCCCUCCAAAGGGAAUUACAACUGUUCGAUUUGGAAAGCUAGGCAUCACAUUGAGAUCGGAAUGGUUUUAUAAAAAUCUGCAAGCAUCAGCAGCUGCUUGCUGGCUAUAUUCCAAUCUUACAUCUUGCCAAGCCUUGGGAAAUAUGUGUGUUAUGAACAUGAAUAGUUUGAGCUCUGCCACCCCGGAUGCAUGUGGUUUGUUUCAGUUUGUGUUCGCAAAUACGGUUGGACUUGGUACUGUUCAUUCAAUAUCAUUUUGGAGACAGUCUCUUCCAUGGCUAUUCUAUGGUGACCAACCAGGCUUAGCAUCCCAGGUUCUUGAUGGAACGGAGUUUCCUACCAGCUUCACUUUUAAAGAAAAAGACGAGGAUGUACAAUUAAAUUUUAUUGCAGCUUCAUACGAUGCAAUGGGAAAUUUUCUGAAAUGGCAACAUUUAGAAGACGGUCUUUUACAGCUUUGUCCAGACACAUUAAUGAGACUCAAUGCUGCUUAUAGGUUUGGAACAACUUACCAACAAAAGGUGAGCAUAGUUGUUUUUUUUUAAGAUUCAUAAUAUCUACAUUAUUUAAUGCUAGAGAAGAAAGUGAAUAUCCAAUUAUUGUGCU